AUGGCCUUCUUCAUGUGUAUCUGCCUACUCAACUUUUUCACUGGAUCCCUCGCCUCCCCGGUCUCACCUCCAACCACCUCUCCAGCUACCCCCCUCUUCGCUUUUGACCUCUCCUGCACCGACCUCUCCACCUUCAACGACGCCAUAAUGCCGCUCCUCAACCUGACUCCCCCAAGCGGAACCCCCGAGGCCAUGAUCCCGCUCGUAGACCAGCGUCUCUCAGCUAUUGGCUCUUUCGUAUCAAGCUACCAAACCAUGAUGAAUACUUUCAAUAUGAACAACUGUGUCGGUAGCGAAUAUGCAGGCCUUCAAGUUCGCCAGACAGAUCCGCUUGACACCCUCGUGCAGGCCAUCUGUGCUAUUCUCGAGGGAACUGAUACGAGCGGAUUGCCGCAACAGGUUAUCGAUUUGAUCGACCAGGUGGAGGCAGCACUGGGCUGUUCGGCGGAGACCGUCUAA